AGCAAAUUUUAUUUCUCAGUUCUCAAACUGAAACAUAAUAAAGAGAAAGAAGGAAAGAGGCAAAGACAAUGUUGAGUGUCAAUGCUAUGGCUUCUCUGUCGAACUCAAAGCUUUCCUUUCAAUAUUAUUAUUAUCAUUAUUAUCAUAAUAAUCAUUCCGGCAAGUGUUUUAAGCUGCUAACACCCAAGAAAUCAGAAGUACUGCAACUGCAAAUAAGAGCAUCAUCUUCUGCUGCUCCUGAUGUUGAUCUCAAGACCCUUGAAUCCGCCAUUUCCAAGAAAGACAGUGGUGCAGUCAAAGAGGCACUUGAUCAGCUAAGUGAAGUUGGAUGGGCCAAGAAAUGGAGUUCUCAGCCAUAUGUCUCACGUCGUACGACAUCUCUUCGGGAGCUGACCACCCUUGGCAUUAAAAAUGCCGAGAAUCUUGCAAUUCCAAGUGUCAGAAAUGAUGCAGCAUUUCUUUUCACAGUGGUUGGGACAACAGGGUUUCUGGGAGUUCUUGCUGGCCAGCUUCCCGGGGAUUGGGGCUUCUUUCUACCAUAUUUAAUUGGAAGCAUUUCUUUAGUAGUUUUGGCUGUGGGGAGCAUUUCACCCGGGCUUCUUCAAGCUGCCAUUGGAGGCUUUUCAUCAUUCUUUCCUGAUUACCAGGAGAGGAUUGCAAGACAUGAAGCCGCUCAUUUUUUGAUUGGCUAUUUGUUGGGCCUUCCGAUCCUGGGGUAUUCAUUGGAUAUUGGUAAGGAACAUGUCAAUCUCAUUGACGAAAAGCUGGAAAAGCUUAUAUAUAGUGGACAGCUUGAUGCCAAAGAGCUUGACAGGUUGGCAGUUGUUGCUAUGGCUGGACUUGCUGCAGAGGGUCUGAAAUAUGACAAAGUGGUCGGUCAAUCUGCUGAUCUUUUCACCCUUCAGAGAUUCAUAAACAGGAGCAACCCAAAACUCAGCAAUGAUCAGCAGCAAAAUCUAACUAGAUGGGCGGUUCUGUUCGCUGGAUCCCUCUUGAAGAACAACAAGGUGACUCAUGAAGCCUUGAUGUCAGCAAUGUCGAAUAAGGCGACUGUAUUGGAAUGCAUCGAAGCAGUUGAGAAAGCUGCAUAAUUUUUACCUUGCACUUCCAAAUCGUUUUCAAGUACCAAAUUGGAAAGAUUGCACUGCUUGAAAUCGACAUUAGCACCUAAGCUGCUAAAUGUUCUUUUGAUUUUCCUCUUUGUUUUUUUAAAAAUUAAUUUCAUUCUCAAUACCAUGAAUCCACAAGAUUAAUUUAAAUGACCAAAUUGGUGUACAAAACGAUUUU